GUUCACCCACAGCCAUCUCGUCCUACUCGUGUUUGUGACAUGGAGGACCCGUCUAUCAUCUACGCUUGCGUCGCGGUUGCGGCCGUGGCCUUCAUCGUCAGGUGGUACACCGAUCCGCUGCGGGCUAUACCCACCGUCGGGGGCUCUGAUCUACCCCUUCUUUCGUAUGGUGGGGCAUUCAGAUGGGUCCAUCAUGGCAAGGAGAUGCUACAGGAAGGCUACGACAAAUAUCACGGCACGACGUUCAAGGUCGCUAUGCUCGACCGCUGGCUGGUCGUUGCCAGUGGCCCGAAGCUCGUGGAGGAAGUGAGGAAGCGCCCGGACGAAGAGUUGGACAACAUAGACGGGCUCGGGCAGUUCGUUCAAACGAAGUACACGCUCGGAGAGGACGUCCAUAACGACCCGUUCCAUGCGGACAUCAUCCGGGACAAGCUCGCGCGCGGUCUUCCGGCGGUCCUCCCCGAUGUCAUCGAUGAGCUCACUGUGGCGACUCGGGAGCACAUCCCUACUGAGGGAGACGCGUGGUUGAGCGUCAACGUUUCGGAGAAGACACGAGACAUUGUCGCUCGUGCGAGCAGCCGUGUCUUCGUUGGACUGCCCUUAUGCCGCAACAAGGGCUAUCUCGACCUUGCUGUCGACUUUACUAUCAGCGUCAUGAAGGACAGGGCAAUGAUCAACAUUUUCCCAGAGGUGCUGAAGCCGAUAAUCGGGCGUCUUGUCAGCAAGAGCGCAACGAGUGUACGUCAGGUUGCGGUGUACUUAGCUCCUCUGAUCAAGGAGCGUCAACGGCUAAUGGCGGAGCACGGCGAUGACUGGUCGGAAAAGCCGAAUGACAUGCUUCAGUGGAUCAUGGAGGCGGCUGCAACCCGGGACCCCUCGGUCAAGGCCAUUGUCGAGCGUAUGCUCGUCGUCAACUUCGCCGCUAUACAUACUUCGUCCAACAGUGUCUCCCACGCACUCUACCAUCUGGCCGAGCGUCCCGAGCUGCUGAAACCCCUUCGCGAGGAGAUCGAAUCUCUGAUCAAUGAAGAGGGUUGGACGAAGAACUCCAUGGCCAAGAUGUGGAAGCUCGACAGCUUCCUGCGCGAGUCCCAACGCCACAACGGUGUCAACAUCAUCUCCCUCAUGCGCGUAGCGCACAAGGACAUCACGCUCAGUGACGGCACGUAUAUUCCCAAGGGCACGCUGCUCUCAGUGCCUGUCUACUCGAUGCACCACGACGAGUCCCUCUAUGAAGAUGCGGCCAGAUUCGACGCGUUCCGCUUCUCGCGCAUGCGCGAGCAGGAGGGCGAGGCUGCGAAGCACCAGUACGUCAACACGUCCAUCGACUACGUCUCCUUCGGUCAUGGAAAGCAUGCUUGCCCUGGUCGAUUCUUCGCUGCGAACGAGCUCAAGGCAAUGCUGGCGCACAUCGUGCUGAACUACGACGUGAAGCUUCCGGGGGAUGGAAAGCGCCCUGAGAAUAUGUACUGGGGCGAAGGCGUGCUCGCUGCGCCUGCCGGGGAGGUGCUAUUCAGGAAGAGGCAAGUUUGAGUGCACAGCAGCGCAUCGAACUCGAAUGUGAUCAUGGAAAUGAUUGAUAUCUUCCCCUUCCGCUCGGUGAGCUUAGUUAAAAGAGACAAGUACAAGUGAUAUACAGUAACCAGCGUUAACGUUACGCAACAAUCGUAAAGGAGUCUUCCGACUCUCUUAUCUCAGCCAUCCUCUUCUCGAGUUGUUCAUACACCAAGCCGCCAAGCUCGACAUGGAUGACCAGCACAGACACAUUCGUCGAGCCCAACGUCCUGUCCGACUUCCCCACCGAAAGAUGCACCAUCCGCUUCAUGUCACCAAACGCCAUCUCGACACGCGCACCACCUCCCGCCGCAACGCCUCUGUGCGCCUCUCCACCGCCCGCGCACAGCAGAUGCGGCCGGUCGCAGUCAGACGCGCAAUCAUGCAUGUCCGCCUCCACGCGGCCCAUAUGCGACGAGAUCU